UGGUAGGGAUAUCUUCCCCGAAGCAUAAAAAGUAAUUCAUAAAACAUGAUUCAUAAAACGUGAUUCUUACUAGCUUGAACAAAAUAUACAGGUUAGGUAGGUACGGUUUAUUUCCAGUUAAUGAUACGGCCCGGAUCAGCUGGAGUGGGGUCCUUGGCAGCUGUUUGCUUCAUCACAUAGCAACUACUACAACUACGUUCAACGGCAUUGAGACUUCGUUCUUCUUGCAACGUUGCCCGCUCCUCUAUGCUGCUGUCGGCCUUGUUAUAUAAGUUAUAACAGGGUCGAAAUAUACGAUCAAAAGUCUCCAGCCAUGCCUCUCUUACAAAUGCCCAACGAGUUAUUACUACAAGUGAUGAAAGAUCUUUGGGAUUCGCAGGAUGUUAAAGCUCUCCAAGCUGCCGCUUGUACGUGCAAAGUGCUUCGCGAAAUUUCGGAGGUAUACUUGUAUUCUACUGCUAAGUUCAUCCAUGGUUCGAUCUUGAACACGUUUCUAGACGCUGGCACCCGUGUCGCCAAACGAAGAAGUUACCUACGAAGCUUGAAACUGCUAUACUCCGCUAUGGGUCGACAUGAUCCCUCUGAUAUUCUUCAUUAUUCCCUAGACCUAGACUUAACCUCGUUCCCGAAUUUGGAAUCACUUGCCUUGGAAUGCUUCGUGCGUUAUCAUGGAACUACCAUAGAGGAUCUCUGCGGAUCCUUUAAUGACCAAUAUAUGCGAGCAUUUACGCAAGCUUCCCUUCUUAGCGAAUCCCUCGAAACUCCACGGCCUUUCCAGAAGCUUAGAUCACUCACGCUCAUUUGGAUUUCAAGUGAGACGAAAACUUGGGACAUAGAGCCAACGUCUCCCGUAUUCCUACUUCCCCAACUCCAGUCACUAGAAAUAUCCUAUGUCGAUAUAAGUUAA